AUGGAAAAUCUCCUUCCACCAAUGCUACUCAAAUCACAGAAACAGAGAAAUCUUAUGAUGUUCAACUUGAAUUCAAACAUAGGAUCACUCAGAAACAGUUAUAAUGUUGGCAUCAUCUUGAACAGGGCUGUUGGAUCUUUUAUUGAAUUCAUUCCUGAUGCAUCUGAAGUGUUAGUUGGUGCCUGUAAUGACCCUAAACUCCUUAAAAAACUUCAAAUUCGAAAAGAAGAUCCACGAGAACUGAAGAUAGAAUACAAGGGGGAUAGAAGGGAAGGUUAA